UUUUAAACUUCAGUCGAAGGGUCGAUUAUCUCGAGUGCUCAAGUGUCAUUGUCCGAGCUAUCGCACGCCACGCCAGAGUGAAGUUUCUUUUUGAAAUAUCGCGAUAUCAUCUUUUAUUAAUGAGGUUAUCUGUAGCGCGGACGCGUUCGCUCCUACGUGCAUAUUCCAUAGCGUCCAAUCAUAGCGCCAACAUGUCCAGUCCGGAACAUGCCCAAGCCCUUAGGCCCGAGAAGGUGCUCUCGGAAAGCAAUCGAAAAUCUUGCAUCGAAAGAUUACAAUCCUACAAACUGCUGAAGAUAGAAAAUUAUAACGAGAGUAUUCAAGAAGCCGCUGUUCUGGUUCCAUUGUGCAUAUAUAAAGGGGAACUUGGCCUCUUGUACACACAACGUUCCAUAAAACUUACAUCGAAUGGGGGUCAGGUGUCCUUCCCAGGUGGUAUGCGUGACAAAUGCGACGCCAAUCUGGAGGAAACUGCUUUACGUGAGACCUGGGAAGAGUUGAAGAUACCGAAGGAAAAGAUCGACGUGUGGACUACAGCGAUGUUGAUCUUGAAGAAUGACGUUAAUGUUAUGCCAGUUCUGGCCUACAUCGGUGAAGUAGAACCGGAACAACUGGAGAUCAACCCCGACGAAGUGGAAGAGGCAUUUGUGGUUACCUUAGAAAAAUUGUGCGAUCCCACGCUACACGCUUACACCCGUUUUAAGAACUUUCGCCUCUGCCUGCCAGCUUUUAUCGGUGGAAAAUAUCGUGUCUGGGGAUUCACUGGUAUGAUUACUCACAUAGUACUCGAAUGUCUGUUACCGGACGUUUAUAAGCAUAAGAUUCAACAGGUGAACUUUCUUCGCAAGGACACUUCUGGCGAAGUGGAAGCUAAACCUUCCACCAAGCAAAAUAUAACAUUAUCAAAAAUAUAAAGUUGGACCAACGAAUCAGAAGUUGGAAUUUUGAGAAAUUCGUAUUUUGCUAUUAAAAAAGUUAUUGCUUUUAGAUAUAAAUAGCAAUCUAGCAAUAAUAAAAUUUCAGCAAAAAUGAAGUAGAAAAUGCUCUUCAAGAGAGAAUAAAAAAUUAAACUCAACAGAGUUAUAUAUACUAAUUUGAAAUUCUGCUUAAGAGUCAAUAGGAAUGACAAGCAAUUUUCAAAUUAAUGUGGGGUGUCUUUGUGUAGUAGAUAAAAACGUGUAAAGGUACGAUUUGUCAAUGUGUAGGUACAUGUUCAUAUCCGUACUCUCGGGACUUUGCAGCUCGCUACUGCGAUUACGAAAAGCUAAAAGUUCUUAUUUUGACUAAAAGUUUUUUAGAAUAAAAAAGUUUUUAUUUUGAUUAAACUUUUUUCAAAAUAAAUAAAUUUAAAUAUUUUUCUAAACGAACGCUGUAUAUACAUAUGUCAUAAUACUCUUACUGCUUUACAAAAAAGUAAAGUAAGUAUUAUGCCACUUACUUUAUAGUUUGAUCAUUAUUUUGGAUUAAUUAAAUAAUAAUUUGCCCCAAGUUUAUUAAGAGCCCUUAUACGAGCUCUUGUCCUAAAAUUGUUGUAAGAUAGAAUCGAUAUCGAUAUUCAUUAUGAUGUAUCAAUUUCAAUAUCGCACGUUUUGCUCAGAACUGUGAGCAAAAUGAAAGAAUCUGGACUCGUUGUCUAGAACUUGUUGCGAAUGCCUUGUACCUGAACGAUUUUAACUAUCAUUAUUACGAAGAUAGUAAUAUGAAUUAAUUAUAAGUGUUUUUAAGUUUUUAAAGGUGAGAAUUAUCAUUCGUGAUGGUUGAAAAUAAAAUGGUGCUAUAAUGUUUGUCUAUUUUAAUUUGUAAUGUUUGAAAAUAAAACAGUAUAGUAUUUUACUAUUUUUUAAUUAACAUAUCCACUCUGCACUCUGCAAACUACCUUCCUUCAGUGUACCUUAAUGUAUCUUGUUUUUCAAAAUAGUUUCGAAGAUAUCACAAAUAUAUUGUAUUUUUUAUAAAGUUUAUUAUAUAAUAUAUAAAUAUUUU